AUGGCCCGAGAGCCAACCAACGGCAGCGGCCAGGCUAGCGACGUGCCUUCGCCAAACCGCAAGCCCAAGAAGCGCGUGGGCUGGCACUCGAGCAGCAACAGCGGCGGCGAAGGAGGCGGGAGCGGAGCGAGCAAUGUCGGCUCGGGCGACCACUCUCGCUCCCCGCUGGCCUCUCCCGGCCUACCCUCGGGCAUCACGCCCCCCGGCGCCCUGGAUGCCCGCGAGCUGAGCCUGGCCCUGACAAAGGUCCUCUCGGACGAGCGAGAGCACCAGCAACUGCAACGGCAGUGGCAGGAGCACCAGCACCAGCAACAGCAACAAGAGCAGCAUUCGACGCCGCCGCCGCCGCAGUCGCUGCCCAUUCUCACCAUAUCGGAGCCUCUCCCCGCCACCGCUCCCAAGACCCCGAGGCCGGCUUUGAGACGCAACACGAGCUAUGACGCCCCGGAGGAACGCAAAAUGGCCGACUGGGCAGAGCAACGAGCCACACAGCGCCAGCUCCGCUCCCUGACUGACGCACGCCAGCGUGCCGACCUCCUGGCCAUGUCUGUGUCUGCCCCGGAUUCACGGCGGGCAUCGAAUGACUUCGAUGCUGCAUUCCAGCCCCUGAUUGGUGAUCCAGAUGGCCUCGACAGGGGCCCUGCGCAUGACGCCGUUGCCGCUCCCGAGGGCAAACUUAGCCCGGACAGCGUCAAGCUUCGCACCCCCCACAGCCGCCGCCAGGUUCGGGCGCUGGAAAACGACCAUGCCGCCGCAGAGACUCUUGUCCGGUCUCACACCGUUAGGGACAAGAGCAGAGACUUAUUCCAUCCCAAGCCUUCCCUCUCGGGCACGCAAACCCCCACCCUGCACCAGGCAUACACUCAAGACUACGUCCCCCGCCCGUCCAAGUAUCGUGGUGGCAUCCUCUCCUCGCUGCUCAAGCUCUACAACGAUGAUAGGAGACCCAGCGGCGGCAGCAACAGCAGCGGGUACAAUACGCCUUCCAACCCAUCGACUCCUCUCAUGUCGCCCCGCCCCUCUCCGCCGCCUUCGCGACCGGCUUCCACGAUUGGGGGUUCCGGGAGGCGCCCCUCGACCGGCGGCCUGUUCAGCAGUCAGCGGGCUCUGAAUUCGACAACGUCCCUCUCCGAGUUCAUCAAGUCGUCGUCCAUGUUUGCGGCCCCCGGCGGCGGCGAGCUUCACGACCAGUGGACCGAGAAGCUCAGGAAGGACAGGCCGAGCAAGCCCAAGAAGGACCAGAUUCGAAUCACGGUCCACAUUGCCGGCAUCAUCUCCCGCCACCGCUACCUGCUCAAACUAUGCCGCGCCCUCAUGAUGUACGGUGCCCCGACGCACCGCCUCGAAGAGUACAUGACCAUGUCAUCGCGCGUCCUCGAGAUCGAGGGCCAGUUCCUCUACAUCCCCUCGUGCAUGCUCGUCAGCUUCGACGACAGCACGACGCACACGACCGAGGUCAAGGUGGUCCGCGUGCCCCAGGGCAUCGACCUCGGCAAGCUCCGGGACGUCCACAACGUCUACAAGGACGUGGUCCACGACAAGCUCGGCGUCGAGGAGGCGACGAGGCGCCUCGACGAAGUGAUGCAGCGCAGACCAAAAUUCCACACCUGGCUUCGCGUCCCCGUCUACGGCAUCGCGUCGGCCUGCGUCGCGCCCUUUGCCUUUGAGGGCCGCCUCAUCGACCUACCCAUCGCCUUCAUUCUCGGCUGCAUCGUCGGCCUGCUCCAGCUCGUCUUCGCCCCCAGCAACGAGCUCUACGCCCACGUCUUCGAGGUGUCGGCCGCCGUCAUCACCUCCUUCCUCGCCCGCGGCUUCGGGUCCAUCCACCAGGGCCAGCUCUUUUGCUUCAGCGCCCUCGCCCAGAGCAGCAUAGCGCUGAUCCUCCCCGGUUACAUGGUGCUGUGCAGCUCGCUUGAGCUCCAGAGCCACAACAUUGUCGCCGGCAGCGUGCGCAUGGUCCACGCCAUGAUAUACACCCUGUUUCUGGGCUACGGCAUCACCAUCGGCGCCUCGCUGUACGGCAUGAUGGACAAGAACGCCGCGAGCGAGACGCAUUGUCAGGACCCCCUGACGCGGGGGUGGUACUUUUUGUUUGUGCCUGGCUUCACGCUGUGUCUGUGCAUCAUCAACCAGGCCAAGUGGCGGCAGACACCCGUCAUGACCAUCAUGGCCCUCGCCGGCUUCUGCGUCAACAGCUACUGCAGCAAGUACUUUGAGCAAAACACGCAAAUCUCCAACAUGCUCGGCGCCCUGACGGUGGGCAUCCUCGCCAAUCUUUACUCGAGACUGGGACGACAUGUCGAGAAUUUUUGGCUCGACGUGAUGGAAUGGUGGGAGUUCCGGAUGCGACCCCGUUUCACCAAGAAGAAGCCGUCCCUGCGCGCCGACUCGUGGUCCAUGCCCUCCCUGUCCGACCCCGAGUCGCGGCCGGGGUCCCCCGAGAAGCCGCAGCGCGCCCCCCGAAAGGUCGGCUACAGCCUCGCCGCCGCCGCCAUGCUCCCGGCCAUUUUUGUGCAGGUGCCUUCAGGUCUUGCGGCCGGCGGGUCGCUAUUGGCUGGCGUGACGUCCGCGAACGCGCUCAAUGGCAACACUUCGGCCGUGGCGGAAUCGAGCGUGGCCAUUGGCAUCAGCGUGGGGCUGUUCAUGAGCGCCUUGAUUGUGUAUCCCCUCGGCAAGAGGAGAAGCGGUCUCUUCAGCUUCUAG